CCCUCGCUCCCUCCCGUCAGCCACCGCCCCUCGGCGAAGGGAGCGGCGUGCCGUCCGGGUCGCCUAGGCCUGGGGUCGGGAGCGCGCACGCUGUGCGCCCUGGGCGCGCUCGGGAUUCUCGCCUGGCGCGGCUGGGGAAGGUGAACAGUGUGGCCUGCCAUGUUCUUCUCCGCGGCGCUCCGGGCCCGGGCGGCUGGCCUCACCGCCCAGUGGGGAAGACAUGUAAGGAAUUUGCAUAAGACAGCUAUGCAAAAUGGAGCUGGAGGAGCUUUAUUUGUGCACAGAGAUACUCCUGAGAAUAACCCUGAUACUCCAUUUGAUUUCACACCAGAAAACUAUAAGAGGAUAGAGGCAAUUGUAAAAAACUAUCCAGAAGGCCAUAAAGCAGCAGCUGUUCUUCCAGUCCUGGAUUUAGCCCAAAGGCAGAAUGGGUGGUUGCCCAUCUCUGCUAUGAACAAGGUUGCAGAAGUUUUACAAGUACCUCCAAUGAGAGUAUAUGAAGUAGCAACUUUUUAUACAAUGUAUAAUCGAAAGCCAGUUGGAAAGUAUCACAUUCAGGUCUGCACUACUACACCCUGCAUGCUUCGAAACUCUGACAGCAUACUGGAGGCCAUUCAGAAAAAGCUUGGAAUAAAGGUUGGGGAGACUACACCUGACAAACUUUUCACUCUUAUAGAAGUGGAAUGUUUAGGGGCCUGUGUGAACGCACCAAUGGUUCAAAUAAAUGACAAUUACUAUGAGGAUUUGACAGCUAAGGAUAUUGAAGAAAUUAUUGAUGAGCUCAAGGCUGGCAAAAUCCCAAAACCUGGGCCAAGAAACUUCAGUUUUUAUAAUCUUCCUAAAUUGAUCCUUUGUGUUGAUAAACAGUGUCAACAAUAUUAAGGAGCUUAUUAAUUUUGGAAGAUCCGUAUCUAUCCAAACUGGAGUGGACGCUUCUCUUGUGAGCCAGCUGGAGGUCUUACCUCUUUGACUGAACCACCCAAGGGACCUGGAUUUGGUGUACAAGCAGGCCUUUAAUUUAUAUUGAACUGUAAAUAUGUCACUAGAGAAAUAAAAUAUGGACUUCCAGUCUACGUAAA